AUGGACUCCCACCCUUCAAUCACUCUGUCCCCUGCUGCCUGUACGUCUACCUGUUCUCAAUCACGAGAAGCGGGCGGGUUUCCGCAGAGGCCCAACAAGUGGAUGCACCAGUAUGUCCUGACAUUCUGUUUGAUCGGAAGGCCAUGCAGCAGCGAGGACCCUGACCUCCGAACCGUACGCAAAACAUCCGGACCCAAGGGUCGCGGCGCGUCCGGACCCAAGGGUCGCGGCGGGAAGCAGAAGGCGAAGAAAGGGUCACCCGGCACCAGCGACGAAAGCGGGUCGGAGGCGAGCGGUGCGUACACCGAGGUUGAUNCCUGUGGCUCCACUGCUUCCUCAGUUCCUUUCUGCUUUCCACUCCCGCCGUCCUCGCUCUCCGUCGGUGACGAUUCCCCAGAGUCAUCUUCCCAACCCUCUCCCUCACCGCCACCCCUCUCUUCCAACUCGAUCGGGUCCUCUGCGUUCCCCGUUCCGGAUUCCAUGUGGUAGACUCCGUCCAGAAGGUAAUGGAUGGCGUCUUCGUCUUGGCUGCCCGACGGUUGUUGGUCCCCAGGUUGUCCUUCGACGAAACUGGGCCAGGGGUGCACGGAAACAAGGUAGAGAGAGGCAGGAAGAACGGGUGAGAUUGGCAGCCAUCGUAACGCACUCUCGCUCGUGUGUACGCGCAAAGGUGACACAUAUUUCGAAUGUUGACGGGCAGCAGUUCACACCCAUGUCGCCACUGGUCUUACUAUUUUCGAUCGGUUUUCUUCUAUCCGACUUAUUUCGAAGGGCCGUGGCGCGGAAACUAUGUCAAGAAUACACACCACUGUAUAUUUCGCUGAGGUUUAGAAUAUUGUUCCGGGAGUCAUGCCAAUCGGCCAAAGUGACACAGCACCGGUGUGCCACAUGCACAUGACUUCCGUCAUCGUUUUAGAGUUGGCCGACCAGUGAGAGGGUCACCGUACCGAGGGCAAAACGACACAUUGCGAAACGCACAAGGGUUUGUGACUGCAGUUUUGACUUGGUGCGGAGAGUGCAACAAUAAAUCUGACAUGAGUGCAUCGUUGUUUAUUGU